AUGCCGGAGAGUGCAUACGCAGGGUCAUGUGAGCCGGAGCUUUGCUUGCUGUGCGAUACCCCCUACACCUCCUGGACGGCGCACACCCGCGAGCACGCUCAUGUGGCGCGCUCAGUGGUGUGCCGUUUCUUUGUGAUGCCAGAGAGAAGCGAGAGCAUUAUGCAGCACCUGGAGCGGCACAUCGCUCUAGACCUCAAGGAGGUGGAUGCCCUCACAGCCCGCAAGGUAGAGCGACGCCGUGAGCGUCUUCUUGCGGGCCUUGUGCACCUUGUCGAGAAGGGGGUGCUGCGGUAUAGCAUACCCACGCUGCCGUCGUCAACGCCAACAGGCGGGAAAACUGGCAGAAGACGGGGCAUCGGCAUUGGUGGCGCGUCGCUUGAGGUCAACUUGGACCGCUUCCUCACCUGUGUCCUUGUCGGGGAAGCGUUCCUGCGCCGUGAGGUACUUGACCGAUGUGCGCGGCUGAUACCGUCUCUCAAGGCGGUGGAACUGAACAGCGUAGUGGCGUACUUGACGUCAACACGCCAAGUGGCUCGCAUUUUCGAUGAACUAUCACUGCUGGAGCUGCUGGUAGCGCGCGCAGAGUCGGACAAAGCUCCUGAGAGCGCCACCACCGUCUUUGCAAGAGUGACAGAGCCAGCGAACGUGGAGCCGCUGAGCGCGACCGCUGAGGCACCUUCGUCAGGCAGUGACACAAGCACAGACGCCUCACCUCUGCCGCGGCCUUCUUCUUCCAUGCCGGCCGCCACUCCUUCCUCUCCCAUACGUUGGAAUCUCUCUCAUGAGGACAAGGCGUACAUCAUGUGUGCCUGCCUCGGCGAGCUGCACCGCUUUCACGAACAGGAACGACCGCGCUCCGUCGCCUCCAAGGCAGCGGCAGACGCCAUUGUGCUAAACGUGCUUGCCGGACACGGGCGUGAGAACCUGGUGUCGGAGUUGGUACAUGACACACUGCAGCGUAUGGUGGACGAGGGGACGGUGAUCUGGCGGCAGCACCAGGAGGAUGUGAAGCGGCGCGGUCUUUCAUCCGAGGCAAACUUGACAGCGAAGAAUGGAAUCGGUGAGCAGUCUGCACUGGACACGGACGGUCGGGUGUCUGAGGGCUUACGGUACAUGCGCACCGCGCCGUUGGCGUCAAAGCCGUCACCGCCGUCGGCGUCUGUGGGUGCCCUGGAUAGUGCUGCAGCGGAGAGACUCGUGUCUUCCUACCUGCCCUUCAAAGAUAUCGAUCAACUUGGCGGCGAAGAGAACGAGGCAGUGAAAGCCACAACAACAACGCCGUCAAGGUCGAGCCCGGACGACACCUGCAUCACCACUCCAGAUUUCAUUGCAGCGCUUCACACUUCGGCGAAGAACUGGAAGCCACUCACGGCGGAGCUGAGGCAACGUGGAAAGGAUUGGAAUCGGCUACCCUUUGCGCCUAGUUCACCCGAACUAAAAGUGUGGAAGAAGCCGCGCUAA